CUAUUAUGGAAAUCGCAACAGGAAGAGAAAGUACGGAAAAGCUCAAGAAUUUAAAAAAAAGGAGGAACAACCUGAUGUCAUCACAAGCAACUACAGAGGCAUAAAAAGAAAGGUGAAGCAAGGAGAAAGUAUUCUACUGGUUCAUCCACAUGAAGCGACGAUCUUUUCAUCAAUCACUGAGCAGUCAGGCUGUGGGUAUGGCCAACGCACAGUGUGCAGUUCUGCUCCUGACUUUAGCUAUAGCAGUGCAGGAGUGUAAUGGGAUACCAGAAAGAACCAGGUGCACUUCACAACCACCAUGUUUUGACCUACUAAUUGUCGAGAGAAUGGCCCAGCGUGUCAGCAAGGAUGUGCCAGGUGCAGACAGUGACAACAUUUUAUUAAAGAGCAAAACGUAUGAUAAAAUUCGCCAAAAGAAGUACCUCCACAGUUGUGUCCUAGAAAAAAUCUUUGAAUUCUAUGAGAAUGUCCUAUCCAGUGACCAGUAUAUUCAAAACGAUGGUCGUGAACUGAUCUACACCUUGGACAGAGUGAGAAAUUGCACUUAUAAAGUGAAGAGAUGCGAGAUGUUGUAUCAAAAGGCUAACCACCAAGCUGACUUAGAGAUUGCCGAAUCGGAUAUGAGUGCACAGGAGGUGGCCAUCAUUCAGCUACAAAAACUUAACCACGCUAGUGAAAGAUUAAAUGACACAACCAUCCUAGAGACAGCCAUGGAUGAACUGAAGUCUCUUCAUCACUACAUCCCUGGGAGUGCCUUCCUAAAAAGUAAUGGCUGAAUAACAUCCCAGUAGACUCCACAUACAGACAUGUGAGCUUGUGAUUGAUGCCGUGCCUAGACAGGUCCAAAAAUCUAUAGUGAUGAUGACUAAUUGAAUGCAAUUAUACAUUCUAUAGAGCAUUUCUAUAUUGGAAAAUAUAUUUUUAAUAUGUCAGAUAUUUUUAAUAAAUAAGCUUUUCUCUUUUUUUUUUUCUUUUCUUUUUUUUUACAUGCCUUAACAUACAGUUGUAAUCAAAAUUAUUUAACCCCCAUUGCAAAUCAGGUUUAUUGUCACAAUUUACAGACUUUCAGUUGUUUGCAAUGAACAAAUCAAACACAAGCAAUUGAAAUAGCUCAACACAACCAAUGCUUCAAGUGGUUUCCCCAAAUUCAACUGAAAAUGCAACUUAUAAUGAUUUCUCCAGUUUCAAAAUGAUUCAAACCCCUGAAUAGAAUCGCACACAACAGCACAAAUAUGCAAAACAGGCGUUGUCUCAAGCACACCUGAUACAACUAAUCAAGGGCUUCAUUAGUUACACCAGGUGUGGUUAAGCUGGAGCACAUGAAAUACAUGUCUUUGCAAUGGGGGUUGAAUCAUUUUGAUUGCAACUGUAUAUUCGUCUCUAAUUAAGUACAAUGCUUUUCACCAUUUUGGUAUGCUUUUCAAUAAAAUCUUUAAUACAA